UUCUCUAUCCAUUUUCUAUGUUUUCUAUUCUAACUAUUACCAUGGACUAUUUCUAACCAGAAAAUGUUAUGACAAAAGCGCAACCACGAAGCGUGCAGAGGAUUGAGGAUAGUAUUGUAGCACUUACGGCUGCCUUGCUUCAAAGUAGCCUGGCAUGUUAGUAAAUGAAAAAUGCCCUUUUCGUGUAAUUGAAAUAAAAUCAGUCGACUUUUAUCCACCGAGUGGUUUCUCGGAAUCUUUCGGCUGACAAGGGGAAAGACAAAGAACGGAGGCUUCAUUUUAGCACACUGCACAGUUGCACGUACUGCUCUCUUCGGUCUUCGCUACCAACAUCAAUGACCAACAGCCGGCUCCUGUUUUCCUGGAGAACCUGACUCCUGAGAACCAGUCGAGAACGCUUCCAUCCAAGUUCCAAGCAAGCAACCCACUUCAACAUCCACAUUUUCAUUGUUCUCUGAUUCUGAUUCCUCCAGUCGAUUGUAAAUAGCUCGCUGCCUGAGUGGAAAUUGCUACCUUUACGUUUUAGUCUGAUUUUAUAUCUUUGACGAUCAAAUUCAUCUCUAUGUAUCAUGUGUCCACUUUAGCUGACUGGAACUAAAAUUGCUACACCACUGUUUUUAUCAAUGCUUUGGAUUUGCUUGUAACUAUUUAAUCAAAAUGGAACAUGGGGACGAGAUUAGUGAGUAUGAGCGGUUGAGGCUCAAGAAGAUAGAGGAGAAUCGUAAGUGCCUCCUGGAGCUUGGAUUGAUCUCGAACAAACCUCCUACCCAAACUCACACCAAGGAUCAAAACGUAAAUUCAACCCCAAAAUCUGCCAAGAAAAGACGUCAGCCUACGGCAAGUCCAGCACCAGUUCGGAGGAUGGUAACACGCAGAUCAGCUCAGUUGGGAGAUCAGUAUCAGCAUGAAUGCAUUGAGGAUGAUGAAGAUCCUGAUUUUGAAGCACCUCGUUCAAAAAAGAAAGAAUACCGAGAUAAUUUCUAUGGUCCUGUUGCAGGGAUCAAAGUUGGUGACUGUUGGGAGUAUCGUUUAGAAUGCUCCACAGCGGGUAUUCAUCGACCAACUGUUGCUGGAAUCCAUGGAGGUCCUGAUGGUGCCUAUAGUAUUGCCCUUUCUGGUGGCUAUGAAGAUGAUGUUGACUAUGGCGAUCAUUUCACCUAUACAGGUGCUGGCGGACGUGAUCUAAAAGGGACAAAAACUAAUCCAAAGAAUCUUCGAACAGCUCCUCAAAGCAAAAAUCAAACCCCCGAUGGACCCAAUGCUGCCUUAAUUGCCAGUGUUAGGACAAGGAAUCCGGUUCGGGUCAUCCGAGGUUACAAACUCAACAGCUUGUAUGCCCCUGAAAGUGGUUACAGGUAUGAUGGUUUGUAUACGGUUGAUGAGUACUGGACUGAGACUGGUUUAUCUGGAUUUCUGGUGUACAAAUUCAAGUUAUCUAGAAUGAAAGGCCAAGAUCUCCCCAUCUGGGAUCAAGAGACUAACCAAGAAAAUAAUAAACAAAAUGUCAAUCGCCAAGAGGCUCAAAAGAAAUUGAACGUCUCCCCUGAAGGUAAAAAUCAUCAUUUCUCCGCUAAAACUCCUCAAAAUGUUUCAACAGCCAAUGCUCAAAUGGUAGACAAAGAUCAAAAUGAUCUUGGUUUAAAUGGUCCCCUUUCCAAUAGCUUGCAGAAAAUACCAUCAGCUCAUUUAACUGAAGACAAAAAUUUCCCUACAGGAGUGUCAAUUCAAUCACAAAAUGGCAAACUUUCUAAAGCUCCAAUAUCACCAUUAAAGGAGCAUCUGAAUGUAAAAGCGCCGCCUAAGAUUGGUAAAGACAGCCUACGUAGGUAUUUCAGCCCUGUGAGUUGCAAAAAAUCUACAGAAGACAGUACAAUGCAUGAUAAUAUUGCUUCUAGCUCUAUUAAGCAUCCCGAAGAUACUUUAAUUCUUUCUGAUAUGCCAUGUAAAGCUCUAAAAAAGGAGGCUCCAUCUCUUGACUUGAAUGGUUCAGAAGUUAUGAAGUGUGAAAUGGUAGAAGAGGUAAGUCCCCAAAGAAGAACACCGCCGGCAGCUGGCAAUAUUGCAAGCCCUGAAAGAAAUGCAUCAGCUGCCAAUAGUCGUAGCUUGUCGUCAAAUUUAUAUUCAGAUGAAUCUGAAUCAAAUUCAAGUAGAAAUGAAAAAAAAGAUGCUCAAAAAAUUAAAAGAGAGAGCAGAGCUUCCAGUCACAUUAAAAGUUUGCACAAGAAUGUCAUAAGACCUGUUGCUGAUAGAGCUGAAUCAAGUCCUACUGAGAGUGCCGAAAAAAUUUCGUUUGAAGUAGUAUCAUCAAGGAAUGUGUCUUCUAACCCUUACAUUGAAUCCUCCAGUCCUCCAAAAACCUCUCAUCAUAAAGUCAAUGGACGCAUUGUAAAUGAAACAAAAUUUAGUCCAACUAAAAAUGGGAAAGAAGGUGCUUCUAAAGACAAAUUACCCACCUCAAUUUCCCUUAAUUCCCCUUCUAAGGUCACCAGUCCCACGAAAAGGUCUACUCAAAAAGUGUCCUCACCAUCCUUAAAAGCAACAAAACCUGGUUCCAACAACGGCUGUAGGAAGGCUUCUGAUAACGGAAUCAAGGAAGAAAUUUCUAGUGGUAGCUCCGCAGUCUCAGAGAUGAGUUCAUUCAAUGAUAAAUUUACAUUCAAAAGAGAUUUAUUCAAUAGUGGCUCCAACUCUGUUCCAAGCCCAUCAAAAAAUGCUAAGUCCACCCCCAAAAAAGAGAGUAAGAACGAUUCUCCAUCAAAAGUAGAUGAUGCCAAACGUAGACCAAGGAUUACGAGGAAAUCGAGGUCGAUUGCCACAAGUCCUUCAAAAUCAGCCUCAAAAGAUCUUGAUGAUUCCUUCAGCAUGUUAAAGUCACCGCCUAGCAGUGAAAGGAAAAAAAGCAAGACAUCCAAUACUCUUGACCGGUACUUGGUGAAAAAGUUUGCGUCCAAUGAUAUUUCUCGUUCGAUUCGGACAAGUUUUCCCAAAGUAUCUCCCAUGAAAAGUAAUUGUGAUAGCGAUGAUGAAAGUUCUCCUGCUUUCAUUGGAUUUAAUGAAAUUACUAUAAAUAAUGCAAGAAAUCGUUUGAAAUUGUUAACUGAUUUUUUACCUUCCAUAGUCAAAAAGCAAGCCUGUAGGAAUAAGCUAACUAAAUUUAAGAAGAAAAAAAGAACGGAAGUGUUAUUAAAAUGUAGUUCUUCUAAACGUGAAUUCAUAACUAGUAUUGAUAAAAUCCGUGAUUUAUCUGUUAAAAUUUCCAAUAUGUCGAAUUUUGAUCCAAACGCUGGCUUCAUACCUGAGUGUUUUGUCAGACUUGAUUCCAGCAAAGUCCUUACUCCAGAGAAGGAUGAAGAACUCAGAGAAAGAGAUGUAACUACCGACACUAGCUCAUCAGAUCAUGAAAUUUCUUAUGACCACUCUACUUCAGAUUCAAAUAUUUUCAAGAAAAAGUUAUCACCUCAAAAACUGUUGGAUCUAAUCUGCUCUGAUGAUGAAAGUGAAGAUGAGCCGUUUUUAGGCUUUAGCAGUGUGUCAAAGCGUUCUAUAGUCAGAAAUGCAUUUCUAAUCCAAAAAUAUGCCAAAAGUAUGGACGAGAAUUAAUAAAUUUCAUUGGUAGUUGAAUUAACUUGAUAAUUAUCAAUCUCUGGACUGAUGUAUCUGAGAAUGUCUCUUUUUGUUAUGAUUUUUCCACUUUCGCAAACGAUGCCUAAUAAGAACGUAAAAAAUAGCAUCGCUCAAACUGCAAUUCAAGACUGAAAUCAAGUUUUUCACCUACUGUUAUCUGUAGCUUUAGUAUUUUCCUCUUCGCAUUAUUGUGAAUCGAGUUUUUCUCCUAGUCAAAUGCCCGUGAAUCAGGAAGUCUCUCCUUGCUUUUAGUGGCAGAAAAUUCGUGUAGAAGAGAAACCGUAUUAUGGAUUUCCAUUCUCCUAUUCAUCAGUGAUAUUCUAUUUUAGGUUAUUCAUAUGUAAGUACUCAGCAUUGUAUUUCUAUCACUGCCAGUUUUAAUGUAAGUUAGCAACUUUAUGUAGAUACGCUCGAGCCCCUCGCCGCUCACCAGUUUUUUAUACUUGGAUAUUCAGUUCUCAUCAAAUUUUUUGAAAGGCUUCAUGUUGGUGGCAUCAAUGCUAAAAUUCUACUCAGAAACCUUGUCCUUUUCAAAUUAACUGUAAAAUAUGUAACUCACUGCCUCCUAAACUGCCCUUUCUCCUAUGUAUAGUCAUAUUAUUAUUUACGAACAUGGAUUUACCAUGCAAACUACUCAUGAAAGGCUGAUAAAAUUCGUUGUAAGAUAAUUUGUAUGUGUAAAAUUCCUAAACAUAGAUCAAAAGUUGACUACUAAAAAAUUAAAAUAAACAAUCAAACAUAAUAAGAAGUAAAAAUUAAUCAUAAGAUUAAAAAAAAAAAUUAGUUGAAAAUAUGGAACUUAUUUCUAUUUUUCACCGAAAGUUUGUAGGUAUCACUUUUUACAGUGUUUUUAUAUUUAAUUUUAAUCAAAUCUAUUGGAAAGGAAAGUCUGAUGUAUUCAUAUCUGUACAUUUUAAAAAAAAGUUUAGGGUUUUAAAGUGAGGAGGCUAUGACAUUGUCUUAAAUUGGUUUGCAAGUCUAGAAGAAUAUUUUUAAUCAUCUGUUUUUAACAUCAAGUAAUUUACUUUUUUCGUUGGGACCAUAACUUCCAUUGCAUCCAGGAAACAUGAAAAUACUCUUGUGUUUUAUCCCCUCGGAUUCUUUCCUCAGUUACAUUAGCAUAAACAUCAAGAAACAGUUUCUUGGUCAUUGGAUCAACAGAAAUAGUAGUGACUAAAUUUUUUCCUGAAGCAUCAGCUCUUGAAAAAAAAUAUCUGUUCGGUUAUACUGUAAGUUUUGGGCUUUUAGAAUACAGUUAAAAUUAAAUCCGUCCUGUUAAAAGGUGCGACUCUUUAGGUGAUCGAAUAAAAAAAUCAAAUCAGUAAAUGAAAUAAUUUUUAAAGUAAUACAUUUGUCUAGUGUGUUUAAUUUUAUUUGUUUAUUUGUGGUACCGUUAGCAUUUAGGUGGUUUUUUUACACAUCGCUAAAAUUUUUCAGUCAUUUAGAAAUGAAAGAAAACUGUUCAAACUGAAAAUAAGUGUAUUUCUCUUGGAUAUGUAAGGAAUCUCUAAGAAUAUUUCUCUUGUAAGUGAUUCUACUGUACUCAUAUCAAAAGUAUGUAUGCCUUCUUACUUUUUUUGAUUUGUCUAAUGUCACAUCUUUCAUACAUGAGCCCUUUGUCAAGUAAGAUUCUCCGUGUCAUAUCUUCUGGACAGAUAGAGGUGAAUCAAGUCGGUGGAAUCGAAUUGAUACGAGCUACGUAUAUUUUCCUCUUAAGAGCAAGCUCAAGUUUUAGAAAGUCGGUCAGGGGUUUUGCGAGAAAACUCAAUUUUAAUGACAUAACCCUCUGGUGCACUAGUGAUUUGCACUGAAGUUACCUAAUUGUUACCGCCAAAGGGAAGAUUACUGAAAGCUGAACUGUUGGAUUCAUGUUGAUCCCUUUAUUCUUAGCCUCAAUUUAGUGCAUUGGUUUGAUGUAUUUGAUUAGUGGUCAGCGAGAUAAUCAGAUAUUGUCAGUACAUCUGCAUCUGUAGCAAGUAUUCACCAUUGUAAGCAAUGUCAGAUCGCAUUCUGUAACGGUAAUACGGUUCUUCUCUCUUCAAGGAAUAUUAUGUUCGAAGCUUUUCAAAAACAUUAUAAAAAUACACGAUCGGGUAAAUUUUAAUUCUCCUCCAUGAAGUCAAUGUAAGGGCAAAUUCUUGCAUCAGAAUUGCUCGAUUCCUAGCGCGCCGAGAGGUGAACAUAAGCUGAAGGAAGGAAUCAGGAAACUUCGGUGCAAUUCGCUACCGCGCCAGUAAGUUGCCUCUGUGAAAAUGUCUUUACUCUUAAAUCCUACUACAGAUUUUCCUUUAAGCUAGAAGUCUCGCUAACUUAUAUCUUUUCACUGAUUUUAUCCAUCUCUUUCCGAUCAGGAGAUAAAAAAUACAGACCCUUGCUUUACAGAUGACCAUGGUAGUUAGACCACCAUGUAAUCUUGUUCUUGAUGACCAUGUUUGCUUUUUCCUAGUAUUGAUUUCAAAUGAAGUUUAUUUGAAGAGUGAAGUACAAAAAUCAGGUCUUAUUUUAUCUGUGAUGUUCAUUUGGAGACUGUGAUCACAUUCAUCGAGAGCAAAUCACUCUCUGACUGAAAAUAGCUCUUAUAAGUUUUAAGCUAAUGAACGUAAUGAAAAAUUCACUUUGAUAGAAUCUUGGGAUAUGAUUUGGUGUUUAUUUUUAAUAAAUUUUCUACAUAACUCAAGAAAAGCUAAAAAUAUUGAAAACCAGGAUUUAUUUAUUUAUUUUUACAAUCUAAGUUUUGAACGUAUCAUCUCAUGUGUUUGAGGUACCAAGUAGCUAUUUUUGUUUGCUAAUUUUUCUGUAUGAGUAGUAACAUUUUAAAAUCCAAUUUUAAAUCAGUGACGCAUACUGUCAAACUUUAAUGGUUUUAUACCAAUACUUUACUAGGAAUUGACCUAUUCUUGAUGUCAGUAACUUAUUUUUUAUCAUACCGGCUGUAAUUGUUUUAAUAGCUGAAUUUUGAGUUCCUUAAAGUAAAGAAAACCAGAACUGUUUAGGGGCGCCCCAGCCCUUUUUUCCAGAAGAGCCCCGAAAAGCAUCAGCAGUUUUAAUUUAAUUUUUGUGAGUUCAAGUUUUCUAAUUUUCCGGCUUUUAAUUUCAUUUAUUAGCUCACAAUUUGUCACCUCUGCUUCCUGUUCGUUUCGUUUUUCAUUACUUCCGGUUUCGUAUGUAUUUGAGUUCCUUUCUUUUGUAGCCUUAAAUCACAGUAUACUGGUGAGGACAGAUGUUGUAUUCUGAAUGUAUGUGACUCAAUUUUUGAUGGAAUUGGACUCAUGAAAGGGUUCAUUUCUCUGAAAUCUCAAUAAAAUUAGUUGCGAGCCCCAAAUUUUUCUUUCACCGUUGUUCCCUGUCUUUCUUAACCAACCAUUUGCACAGAACUUGCACUUAGCCUCGGAUUGUUAAAAAUAUUGUUUUAUUUUGUAGAACUAGAUAAGGAGCAUGUUAUUUGCAGAUCGAAUUUUGUAUCCUCUCAAGACUGAUGAAAACCAGCACAAAGAAAUAUAACCUUCGCUUUGA